GGAGGCGGACAUGAACAAGACCAAAAUGUAAGCUAUCUCCGUCACUCUCAAAACCAACAACAAGUUUCCCGUUUUCGUGUGGAUAAGGUCGUAAUCGCAAAGCCGAUCCGCACAGAUUACCUAAAAAGGACUAGUGGAGCCAUCGCACAACUCCCACACUGAAUAAUCCGCCAUCGCUAAAUUAAUCUCGCUCAACAUCGACGUCGACAACUGAACACUCCGACACCCCCCCCCUUCGCGACGAAUCUAUCACCCAGCUCGACCCUUGUUUCCUCGUCGGACUGAAUUCUCGCAAAAAUGGCGACCGAGUUGACCGUCCAGUCGGAGCGUGCGUUCCAGAAGCAGCCUCACAUCUUCCUUAACCCCAAGACCAAGGCAAAGAGCAAGAAGGUCGGCCAGGGUCGGAGAUGGUACAAGGACGUUGGUCUGGGUUUCCGUACCCCCAAGAAUGCCAUUGAGGGUGGCUACAUCGACAAGAAGUGCCCCUUCACUGGUAUGGUCUCCAUCCGUGGCCGUAUCCUGACCGGCCGUGUCGUCUCCACCAAGAUGCACCGUACCAUCGUCAUCCGCCGUGAAUACCUCCACUACGUUCCCAAGUACAACCGUUACGAGAAGAGACACAAGAACCUCGCUGCUCACGUCUCUCCCGCUUUCCGUGUUGAGGAAGGUGACUGGGUCACUGUUGGCCAGUGCCGUCCUCUCUCCAAGACUGUCCGCUUCAACGUCCUCCGUGUUCUGCCCCGUACCGGCAAGGCCGUUAAGGCUUUCAGCAAGUUCUAAGCGUGUCGACGAUGGGAGGGUGUUCUCGAGAGAAAAAUAAACCUAGGGCAGCGGCGUGAAUGGAUUCAAGCGAAACAGUUUGACGGGUUGGGAUUGUUUUACGAUUUCAUGUCCCAGAAUUCAACCGUACAGCAAACUAGGGAAAAUGGGAUUGGCAUGCUUAAUAGUUGGGGAAUUCAAAGUUUUAACGAUUCACUCUGGUUUCCACUUCUUUUCCAAGUACUUGGUUGAUAC